CCCAGGUCAGCAUCGCCCCCUCUGCUUGGAGCUGGAGUCAGUCACCCGAGUCGCCUUUUCUCUCCCAAGUAGCUUCACCAAUAUUUGAAGGGUUAUUCUCGCUGUCUUCUCCUCACAAAAGAAACUCUGAUCUUUCUUCAUAAAUACCCCACAUACAAGCAAGCACGAGGCCAAAGAGAGACAAAGAGACAGAGAAAGGGAGAACAACUUUGAGUUUGCUUCGUGACAGGCUUGAUAAUUUCUUCGUGAUCUCUUCUUCUUGUUCUUCUUGCUGUUUGUUUUGAACAGCCAAAGGAGAAAACAUGGGGGUACUGAGAGAGAAAAUGGGUGAAGUGGUACCGUUUACACUGAUGGUGAUAAUGGAGGGCUGCACCAUAGGAUUGACGAUAUUGGCAAAAACAGCCAUAACAGGAGGGAUGAGCCCUUUUGUUUUUGUAGUGUACACCAACGUUAUUGGCUCUCUCUUGCUACUCCCUUUUUCCUUCAUCUUUCAUCGGGAAAGAACAGAACAGUCGCUCCUUACCUUCCCGCUCCUCGUGCGCAUAUUUUUCCUGGGUUUAACAGGCAUAGCUGUAUCUCAGAACCUUGCAUUUGUUGGGCUCAGCUAUAGUUCCCCAAUCGUUGUAUGUGCAAUGGGCCUCCUAACACCAUCUCUUUCCUUCUUGCUUUCUAUCAUUCCCAGGAGGACAAGGCCAAAUUGGAGAAGCUCCAGCAGCCAAGCCGAAGUGACGGGCACCUUGAUUUCAAUAAUGGGUGCUGUUGUAGUAGAACUAUACAAAGGCCCGUUUAUACGAAAAUCCUCUUAUUUCUAUGCCCACCAACUUAAAGUUAUACCAAAGCGUUUGGUUUUCUACUCGGCGCCAGACAAUUGGAUCCUUGGUGCUAUUCUGCUUGCGGCUGCCUCCUUAUCUGUUGCAAUAUGGAAUGUUAUUCAGCUGGGAACCGUCAAACAAUAUCCACAAGUGAUGAAAGUGGCCUCUUUUUAUAGCUUAGCAGGGACUAUCCAAUGUCUGGUCUUCUCGUUGAUUAUGGAGAGAGACCUUAAUGCUUGGAAAUUGAAACUCAACCUGGAGCUCCUACUCAUUGUUGUGACAGGAGUCUUUGGGAGUAUCAUCCGUAGCAACGUUCAUUUAGCAUGCUCGCGAAUGAAAGGCCCUUUUUAUGUGCCUAUGUUCAAGCCAUUUGGGAUAGUCUUUGCAACCUUUUUUGGCGUCACCUUUACAAACAGUCUUCAUUAUGGAAGCUUCCACUUCAUUCCUAAGGUUCCAGCUUCCUGGUCCUCCAAUUUCCUUCAAAUAAGCAAAAGUUAUAGUGUAAUAGGAACAUUAAUAACCGGAAUGGGAUAUUAUGCUGUGAUGUGGGGACAAAUAAGAGAAGAGGAACUGCGUAAAGAGCGUGACGUUGAAAGAACCGAUGAUUCUUCAGACCAGAUCAAGGCCCCUCUCUUGCAGAAGCAGGAAGAAGCCCAAGUCUAGAGCAUAAAUACAACAAUUACUGAAUGCAAGUGGAAAGCCUUCCUUUUUUUUUUUUUUUAUUUAAUGAAAGCUUCACCAGCAAGUGGCCUGAUCACUCAAAUCAAAAGGUGCUUUGAUUUGCUAGAAGCACUUCAACUACCAGUAAACACAUGCGAUAUGAAGGCCAUUUACUGUAAAUUGUAAAUCUUCUGGCUUGUUGUUUUCCCCCCCUGCUUGCUGGAGGUUUUUUGAGGACAGCGUCAUCAAGUUUUAAAUGACUCUGUCAAAUAUGGUUUCUGCUUGAAUAAAAACUGUAAAAUCACAAACCAUGUCUUCUGUAUAUUUUGGUGUCUUGGAACAGUUAAGGUUUCUUUGAUUUA